AUGGGAAGCAAUUUAUGGCUGCAACAACUUCACAUUAACUAUCCAGAAAAUAAACGAUCAUUGAACUGGUCAAGACGUUACAAUAUCAUUGGAGGUAUAGCAAAAGGACUUCUUUAUCUGCAUGAGGAUUCUCGUCUAAGAAUUGUUCAUCGCGAUCUCAAAGUAAGUAAUAUAUUAUUGGAUGGAAAUAUGAGUCCAAAGAUAGCAGAUUUUGGCAUGGCAAAGAUUUGUGGAGUUGAUCAAUAUGAAGGAAACACAAAUAGAAUUGCUGGCACAGUUGGUUAUAUGGCUCCUGAAUACACAAGGUGGGGUCAGUUCUCACUAAAGUCAGACGUGUUUAGUUUUGGGGUUGUAAUUUUGGAAAUUGUCACGGGCAAGAAGAGCAGUGAUUUCCAUCAAUUUAGAGAUUCCGAAGACCUUCUAAGCUAUGUUAUACUUAACUACAAUGAUGGGAAAAAAGGUUGUGAUUCGAAAUCUUUUAUGAAUAAAUCUCGUAUAUCAGACAGUGCUUGGAACCAUUGGAGACGCGGCCAAACUUUAGCUCUUUUGGAUUCAAGCGUUGGAGAUUCUUAUGCCAGAAAUGAAGUCAUUCAAUGCAUCCAAGUUGGCUUACUAUGUGUUGAAGAAGAUGCCAGUAAAAGACCCAAAAUGGCUUCCGUGGUCAGCAUGCUCAAUCCUGGUUCUGUUUCCCUACCAACUCCACAUCGUCCGGCAGUUUUCCGGAGCAAUGGAUCGGAGAGCAGGGUAGACGAGCUGAAAGUUGAUCAAUCCAACACUCAAAGAAUUUCAGCUCCAAGCUCUGUCAAUGAUGCAUCAAUUACUGAACCAUAUCCCAGAUGA